CUGUUCGGCUCGAAUUGGGGGGUCUUCAUUUUCUCUCUGAAAGUCUCAAAAGAGUUCAUUCAGAGACUCCAUUGUUAUCAUACUCUUGGAAGAAACAAAACUAGAGAGAGAGAGAGAGAGACAUAAAAAAGUAAAAAGGAAUACGAAAUGUUAACAGCACCAUCACUUCUUCUUCACUCUCCAUUUAUCUGUUGCCCUCUCAGGUUCUCUUCCUCUCUCUCCAACCACAAGUCUGCCAUAAAUCAACGGUCACCAAUGUCUUAUCCAUCCAUCAAAGCUCUUGAUCUUGAUCAAAACACGGUAGUAGCAAUAUCAGUUGGGUUUGCGAGCGUUGCUCUCGGGAUUGGAAUUCCAGUUUUCUAUGAAACCCAAAUUGAUAACGCCGCGAAGCGAGACAACACUCAGCCAUGCUUCCCAUGCAAUGGUUCCGGUGCUCAGAAGUGCAGAUUCUGCAUGGGAAAUGGCAUUGUGAUGGUAGAGCUCGGUGGGGAUGAGAAAGAAACCUCAAGAUGCAUAAAUUGUGACGGUGCUGGUUCUUUGACGUGCACCACAUGUCAGGGCAGUGGUAUUCAACCUCGAUAUCUUGAUCGCAGAGAAUUCAAGGAUGAUGACUAAGCUUUUGAAGAGGCUUCGGUGAUAGAUCCUGGAUUACAGUUGACGGCUAAUUAAAUUCAUUUGUUUUGUUGAUUGAGGAACCGAACACUCCUUUUUGUGAACACAUUUCUGUAACAUAUCUCCUCCCACUACACCUUCUCUUUUUGGGUGUUGAAUUGUUUCUCAUGUUUCAUCUGAUGUAUUGAUUUAAGAACAAGUAAUUGUUGGAACAAUUUUCUGUGUAUGAGAAAAUAAUGUGAAACAAAUUAAAUAAAUAAAAAUAAAUUACUUACAGAAUUUAUUUA